GCUGGUCUCCGUUGGAAACGCGGCCUGGGGGAGUUAUCCAACCAGGUCGGAGGUGACAGCCGCGCGGUUUUUCUGCGCAAAGAUGGGUCGUAGGAAGUCAAAGCGGAAGCCUCCACCCAAAAAAAAGAUGACAGGAACACUUGAGACCCAAUUUACAUGUCCUUUUUGUAACCACGAGAAAUCCUGUGAUGUUAAAAUGGAAAGAGCUCGGAAUACUGGAGUGAUAUCCUGUACUGUAUGUCUGGAAGAAUUUCAGACCCCUAUCACUUAUCUUUCGGAACCAGUGGAUGUUUACAGUGAUUGGAUAGAUGCUUGUGAGGCAGCCAAUCAAUAACAACUUAAAGGAACUUGUUGGAAGUUAAUUAAUGUUUCUUUAUUCAGGGGUGGGGAUAUCUGUUUCACAAUGCAUUGGAGAUACAGCUGGAGUGACUAUGAAAUGCUGGUUUGUGCUCUUUUCUUCUAUUCUGUAAUCUACCUUUUUAUAUGAAUAUUGUGGAGUUUAGAAACUAAUGACUAUCAAAAAAGACCUGCAAGUGUGGGAAAGGUCAGUUUUUAUUCAGGUUGAUGCUCGGGAAAUUUUUCUCUCAAGAUUGAAAUCGGAGGUUAAGUGUAUCAAAUGCUGCUGUUCCAUUUUUAUUAAUUUAUUUUGGGCUUAUAGAGAAGGGCUUCCAUAUGAACUUCUCUUCCAUUCUGUGAUGGUUCUUGGAAUAUUAUAUUCCAUGUUAAAUUGCAAAGUGUAGUCAGCAAGAAUAUACGAAAUAUAAGAAAAAAUAGCCCUAUCUUGGUCCCAUGAUACAAGCUUCAUAUUUAUCUGUUGGAACAAUAAUCAUGAAAUCAACCUUUUUAUUAAUAACAUGUUUCCAGUUAGAAUGGCAGUGUGUUGCCUCUGUUUCAGAAAACAUUGUGUGCAGGACUCUUCUGUGACACUGGGCAUGGGAUUUUGAAAACUGUGUUAUGUAAUAAAGUAUAAUUCAAAGAAGC